GUGCCAAACUCUAUAAGACUCCAUGACCACCUUUGCCCCCACACACUACUUUGAAAUAUUCUCUCACGACACAACCUGCUCUAGGGACACUACUGACUACUGUUCAGAGACAUGUCUUUCCUCAAAGGCAUUUUGGGCAACUCAGCGGACAAAUAUGUCGACCAGGCAGUGGAUACGGCAGCUAAAGCUGCCAAAGUCAAGGUGAAGACUAUGCUUGACUCUAAGAAGGAUCCCAGCAGGGGAAGCAGUGGUAAAGAGAAGGUGAAGCCCACGGUUGGAGGAGAUGAUUCAAAGCAGAAGGAGUCCAGCAAGGAUAUCAGUGGAGGUAUCGGCGGUAUUGGAGGAUUAAUGGAUGGCAACAAGGGCAAAGAGGAAGGAGGCUUUGGAAGUUUCUUAUCUGGCAAGGAUGAGAAAGAGUCAAGUAGCGGAGGAGGUGACCAAGACCUGAACGACCUACUGGGAGACAUUGCAGGAGAGAUAUCUGGCGAGAAAGAUGGCAAAUAGAAGGACAACAGCAACGCAGACCAAGUGCGAUCAUUUGGGAAGUCUCUUUGGCUGAGUCAGACUGAAGCUGUUUCUUUUUCUCAAUGUAAUCUUACUGGUCCUAUCCCUCUCUCACCUGUGUGUAUUUUCCUCACUAGCAAUCUCAAUAAUGUCCCUGCUCCCCAGGGGCAUUUCUCUGAUAUACACAUCGUCUAUGCAUGUCUCAGAUCUGAAUUGGACAUAAGAGGAACUGGAGCUAGGGAUGAGCCUAUUCUGGUAACAGAUCAAUCAAACUGACAUACCUCUGGAUAUAGCCUAUGAAGAAUAUUAUGGCAACUCAAUACUGUCACAAUGCAUUGUGUAAUGUUAAUGUUUUGUAUUAUAUUUGAAAAGUAAAUAAAAAUGUUUAUCCCAAAAGUCUGUUGAAUGCUCAGGUGAGCAAGGAUCAGACCCUUUUCAAAAAAUGUCGGACCAAAAUGACAUACCAAAAUCUAACUCAGGACCUGAUAAUCAAUCUGACAUACCUAUGGUUAUUGCCUAUGAAGAAUAUUAUUUUAUUGACAACCCAAUACUGUCACAAUGCAUUGUGCAAUGUUAAUGUUUUGUAUUAUAUUUGAAAAGUAAAUAAAACGUUUAUGUAAUUUUUAA